CCGGUCUGCGGGUGGGGGUGAGCCGCACAGCUCCUGUCGCUGUCGCGGCUUCCGGUGCUAGGUGGAGGGAAGGAAGGAGGGAGCCGGGGAGCGGGGCCGGGGGAGCAGCCGCGCCGAAAUCGGCUGGGAGAGCCGGAGGGAGCGGAGCUAGAGCCGAGCGGAACCUGCGGUAACGGAGGCGGCGGCCGCAGCGGCGGAGUCGGGAGCAGGAACAGGAUCAAGUCCUCCAUACCAGGGACCAGGCCAAAACCAGACUGCCACUGCCCCCACUUGGGCCCUACUGUCCUCAGAAAGCAGCCACCGUGAUCAUGGGUAAUAUCUUUGGAAACCUUCUCAAGAGCCUGAUUGGGAAGAAGGAGAUGCGCAUCCUGAUGGUGGGCCUGGAUGCUGCAGGAAAGACCACCAUCCUGUAUAAGCUGAAACUGGGGGAGAUCGUCACGACCAUCCCCACCAUUGGGUUCAACGUGGAGACAGUGGAGUACAAGAACAUCAGCUUCACAGUUUGGGAUGUGGGUGGCCAGGACAAGAUUCGGCCUCUCUGGAGACACUACUUCCAGAACACCCAAGGGUUGAUCUUUGUGGUCGACAGCAAUGAUCGGGAGCGAGUAAAUGAGGCCCGGGAGGAGCUGAUGAGGAUGUUGGCAGAGGAUGAGCUCCGGGAUGCUGUGCUCCUUGUCUUUGCAAACAAACAGGAUUUGCCUAAUGCUAUGAACGCUGCCGAGAUUACAGACAAGUUGGGCCUGCAUUCCCUGCGUCACCGCAACUGGUACAUUCAAGCCACCUGUGCCACCAGUGGGGACGGGCUGUACGAAGGCCUGGACUGGCUGGCCAAUCAGCUCAAAAACAAGAAGUGAGAGCCAGGCAGCCCUGUCUGACCGCCCUACCCACCCCUGACACAUCUACUAUCUUCCUGCCCCAGCCCCAGCCCUUUCUUCCCAUUGCCAUUGUGGCCAGGGCCCGGGUAUCAUGUCCGCAUGCCCAACAAGAGCCUUGCCUCCCCUGCCUCGCCUCCUCUCCCCUGUCCAUACCAGUCCCCAGUUGCUGUCUUGAUGAUGAAUCAUUCCAAUUUACCAGAUUUAAAACAAAAACAAAGUUGUUAUGGUUUCAUGGGGUAGCCCUCCCCCUGCCCCCCUACAAUCCUCUGGAGUUUGGGAGGUGGGGUUGGGUAUUCUCUCCGUUUGCUUUGUUUGGCUCUGGUUGCUGUGCUCUUGGCAUCUAAGUCCCUUCCCUCUCCUCACAGGCCCCUCUCCUCCCUGUCUUCCUUUCCUUCCCCACCUUCUCCCUGUUCUACAUGGAAAUUGCACGGGCCUCUCUGUGUGUGCGUGCGUGUGUGCGUGUGUAUAUACAUGUAUAGAGAGAUAUAUAUGUGGGGGCCAGGGAGAAGGGUGGAGGGGGUGGAGUGCAGCUCAGGGCUUGCAGCCAGGACACUGCCCACUCUAGCCUAUCAUCUGCCCCUCUCAUGGUGGUGAGAUAAAGGGUUGAAGGUAGAGGGAAGGCUGCCCCAGUCUUGCACUGGUUCUUCUCCUCUCUGCAGGUAGGUUUUCCUGGAUGAUAGGACAGGUGAUGGAUUUUCCACCAUUUUCCCUGUACCCCUCUUUCCAUUCUACUUAGGGCAGGAGGGUGGCAUUUAUCUCUAGAGGAGUGUUCCCAAGGAGAUGCCAUUCUGCCCUGCCUUGUUAGUGGGGAGGAGAGAGGAACCCACUCAGUCUUAAUCAGCCCAGAGUGUUCAAUUGAUCCUCCCCCUCAUCCUUAGAUCUGUUCCUCAGGAGCUUGAGGGGGUGGUGGGGUGGGGAUAGCAAGACCAAGGGUGUGUUUGGGACCCAGGGCACUGAGGGGAGGGCCUCAGGUUUUCCAUCUUCAUCCUCUUGUUAUUAGAAGGUGAGGUUCAGAUCAGUCCUAUUCCUGCCUUCCCAUGCCCCCUCCCCCUUGUCUUCUGGUCUUGGGGGCUGGGUGGUUCAUCUGUCCUUUGUCAGAAGUUUCCUCACCCUAGUAGUCCUCCUGGCCUGACCAGGGCUGGCUGGGUGGUUUAAUGGGGAGCAAGGGAGUGGGUGUGACAUAGCAGACCUCAGCAUCAGUCCCCCUUUUCUCUAGUUCUCUCUUUCUAGUCCAGGAUGUGCUGAAGAAUGAAAAUUUCCUAUUCUGUUUCCAGACCCUCAGACCAUCCUGCUGUCUUUCCCUCCUCCAUCCCAAUAGCUUUCCCUUGCCCUCUUCACCUACUUCCCCUAAAUGGAUCUAUGCUUACAGUGUAGGAAAUAGAAUUCUGUAGUGGUUGUUGGUGCUGGUGGGAUGCAGUGGUCUUCAGGGUCCUCCCCCCAUUGAUAAGAAGUUGUUCAGAAGCUGCUGCUACUACAUCUCUCUGUCUACAGGGGGCUCUUGUCCCUGAGAUCUUGGCCUGGGUCCUGACUUCUGCGGUUUCUGUGAAGCCGUGCCUUUUCUAUGGGCUCCUGUGUGUGCUGGCUGUGCCCUGAGCUCCAAGAUGGCCGCCCAUAACCUUUCUGCUAAGGUCGGGGCCCAGGGCCCCCAAAGCAUAACUGAGGGACCCCCUUCCCAGAAGGGCUGUCCCAAGCCCCAUCCUAUGGGGCCAGGCUUCCUGCUAACCCUGUCUACAACAGGCAGAUCAGUACCCCCCACCCCACCCCAGACUGAACUGUGAAAGAGAGGUUCCAGGGGUGUCUCCCUUAGUGCCAGUUCCUUAGUGAUGUGUUACUUACCCAAGAUGCAGUGGGUGUGUGCAGGUCUUUUGCUCUCUAGGCCUUUCCGUGUGUGUGUGUGUGUGUGUGUGUGUGUGUGUGUGUGUGUGUGUUUGUGUGUUUGUGUUUGGUGGCAGGGGGAGGGAGGUGCUGGAGCUUCUAUUUCAUUUUAACAUGUAUUCACUCCCCUGACCCCACAAAUGCUUUCCUCCACACUUUUUCCUUGCCUCUGUCUCUAUUUCCUCAGAUUUUUUUGCUCCUGCUCCUGUUGCCUCUCCCUCCCUGAACUUUUUCCUUUGCCUUCUCAACUCAUUCACUGCUGUUGCCCGUUUGUCUCUCCUUUGUUUCUUUCCUACUUAGGAUUCCCGACUCUGUAUCCUUGUGGUUGGGGAGGACUUUGCCUCUUCAGCUUCAUUCCUUCUCUAACUCUCCCUAGUUAAUGCCGGUCCCAAAUAGGUUUUCCUUAUUUUAGGCCAACCCCCACCUCGUUUUGGGGGCUCCAGGGACCAAGGGGGCUGAGGGUAUUAGGAAGUAGCCGUGGAGGUGGCCUUGGUGCUGCUCAAGGAUCUGUCCAGCAGGGGGCAGUAAGUGGUCUUGGUAGUAUCCCUGGCUGCUAGGUCCUUGGCAGGGGUGGCCCCUUCUACAUUCCCAUUCACCUAAAAGCUUUUUUGGGGAUUGGGUGUUUGGUUCCAUUUCUGCCUACUCCCUCCCCUAGUCUCCUCGGGUAGGUUUAAUUUUAUGCUUUCCUUUGUUCCAGCCUUUCUUCUCCCUGGGGAUUCCUCCUCUCCCCACGCCCCCCGCGUUUGUGGUGUUAUAGUGGUAACUGCAGUUCUGAACUGGUUUUUCUCUUCUUUUUUCCUCUUCUGGAAUGUAGACUGUACAUGUUUAGUAACUCACCUUCUCUCUCCUUGCUCAAUAUGUGGGAUACGCGAUGACUGUGACCCUGGUUGGAAAUUAAACUUGUUUUAUGCAGCUUUGGA